CCAGAACUACUAAUGAGAAUCUUGGGGUGCUUCCAAGGGGAUCCUUAUACAUCAGCCUGGUAUAGGACUCGGGACUGGAAGGCACUGUUGUGGUGUUCUGAGCUGGGAGGCCCUAACAAACCACAUCCUUGGCCGCUGUGUCAUGACUUGUCUGGUACGAUCAGAUGUUCCUGUGCUGUACCUUUUCCUUCUUUUUUAGCCUCUAAGGAUCGGUGAAGUCCACUAGCCUGUGUUUGGCCUGAUGCCCCCACCGUCAGUCCCAGUGACUACAGUCAGCCCUCCCUCAGAGGCUCCUGCCCCCCGGGGGGGGGGGGGGGAUCUCUGUGUUGUCCUUGGUGUCACUGAGUUGCAUUUUCCAGGCCUCCCUCCACACCCAGAGCACAUCCUCAGCCCCGUCAGCCCUGCCCGGGAGGAGCCAAAAGAAGGGCAGGUCCCCAAGCACCAGCAAGACUCAGAGGCAAGAGCAACUGUACCCGGAGCAACCACGGGGCCUCCAGCCUCGGUUAAACGGGAGGAAGAAUCUUCAGGUGGGGAGUCUCCAACCUCCCCUCCUGGGGACAGCCUGCCUGGCAUGGGGCCAGGUGGUGGUGGUGUGGUCAUCAAGACAGAAGCCCAAUCUGAGGACGAGAUGAUGCCUGAGCAGCUCUUCCUGGGGGAGUCCCGUAGCCAGCCCGUGUGUAGAAUGCCCAAGGGGCCCAGGAGCAGGACCGCGGGCCCUGGCCGGCUUCAUGCCGCAGGAGUGCCACGGGUGCGGGCGGGGGACCCGCGGCCGCCAGGGGCCGUGGGGGAGCCGCCCCGCAUCCUUCCUCGCCGGCGAGAGCGGACCUUCCCCUGCCCUGACUGCGGGCAGAGUUUCCGCUUGAAGAUUAACCUGACCAUUCACCAGCGGACCCACGUGGAGGAGGAGCACAGGGAGACUCCGGGGAGCCCAGCCCCGGGCUGGGGGGAGGCCCACGCCGCUCUGGAGCCGGGGGAGGUGGUGGUGCCGGGCCCCGUCAUCCGCUGGCUCCCCGAGGAGCCCGGAGGCCACCGCUCCCUGGCAGGCCGUCCGUGCCUGGGGCGGCGGCCGGCGACCAGCAAGGUGUACCACUGCAGCGAGUGUCUGCGCUUCUUCCAGCAGCGGAAGAGCCUGCUGCUGCACCAGCGCCUGCACACGGGCACCAGCCAGGGCUGGCCGGCCUGUCCCUACUGCGGCAAGGCCUUCCGCCGGCCCUCCGACCUCUUCCGGCACCAGCGCAUCCACACUGGCGAGCGGCCCUACCAGUGUCCCCAGUGUGGCCGCGCCUUCAACCGGAACCACCACCUGGCCGUGCACAUGCAGACUCACGCCCGAGGCCAGGCCGGCCCGCACUUCCCUGCUUCCUCCGCCCUCCCUGGGAGCCCCCCGCUGCCCCGGCCCAGCCACAGCCAGGAGGGCUGAGCCGGCAGGAGCGUGCAGGGGUACCCUCCGGCUCUCCCGGGCACCCCCCGCAGGACUGCUGUGCACCUUCAGGCCUUUCCCCUUGUGCCUGACGCCGGUUCCCCGUUCCGGGAUAGCUUUGGAGAGAACUUUUCUUCAUUCAGAUGGGAAGCAGCGGCCGUUUUGGUGACUGUGUGUGUGACCAGAUGCCUCAGUUUCCUCUUUCCUAAGUUUGUCACUCUUUGCCGCCUCUUCUACAUUCCUGACUUAGGAAGGAUCCCUUAAGGCUUAGAGGAUGCCAACUUUCGGUGAGGGCAAGAGGACUGGAGAUAGAGGCCCUUGCAGUAGGGGGCGAUAGAGACACGGAGGGCCUGCAGUUUUGAUACUGCCCACGCAGGUCACAGCAGAGUGGACAGUCUGAAGAGUAGGCACUGGAAAUUUGAGUUUCCUACUGUGUUAUUUUGAAACUUUUUUUUCCCUCCAUACGGAGUCUUUCUAGUGCUUUUGUAAGUGUUAAGUGUGGUUGCAAAGGGGACCAGGAGCCCUGAGGGUCAGGAAUUAUUCUGCCACCUCCUUGUUUGUGGGGAUGGUAGAGGGGCUGUCCAGAUCAGCCCGGGUGUGGGAGGAUGCUUGGCUGCUGCCCUGGACAUCAGGUGCCUUCCUGGGUAUGCGUUCUUUGGCCCAGAAUGAUUCCCAAUAUGCCAUCAUCCGUGAUUGAUUUUGGUUAUUAGUUGAGAGGGGGAAACCGAGGCCUGGGGUGGCUGACCCUUCCCCCAAGGUCUCAGUAUUAUGGGUAUGCACGCUGCAUGGACCGGACCCCGCACAACUCCUUAGGGAUGGGGGAAGACGCAGACCCAGCCCAGGAAGCUCCUCGCAGAGAGGAAGAUCCCGAUGUGGGUGAGGCUGUUCAGCCAAGCUGGAUUCCUGAGCUACCAGGCCUGAGUUGUCGUUAAAGGAGCAGUUGGUUUUCAAGAAUUUGGGGCUGGUAGCAGAGUUAGGCCAGGAUUUUUUUAACCACCUCCAGCCUCAUGUUCCUCACCUGUCAAAGGGAGUAAUGACCCCAGUGCAUCCUACCUCACCUUAGGGUUUUCAGGGUCAUAAAAGAUUUAGAGGCAGUGGGCCAAAUAGGAAGCCUGGUUUUUGUCCUUCUUUUCUAGUUCAGGCCCCCCCCCUUUCUCUCCCAUGUUCAUCUCCAGCCCUUUGCCCCAGUCAGAAUCCCUCAGGAAGGACCUUUCUUUUCUAGAGUGAGUGGAAGGUCCCUUGGGUGCAGAGUGAGGAGAGACUUUCCCCUUGGGCUAUAUCCCCAGGGAGCCCUUUGUACUUCAGUGGAACAAAUUCUUACCAAAGCAGUGAGGUUCAAACCGUAGAAGUUCGGGCAAUAGCAUCAGGCCCCCUGGAGAAGUCUUGAUGGCAGCUAGCAUCUUGUGCCUCUUAAAUCACACCACUUCGGGUGCUGCCUAGAGACCAACCCUUGGUUUGGGUGAUUUAAAACUGGAGUACUGGGUCCUCGGCUAUUUUGAUUGUCUUAUUUGCCUUGGCACUAUGUGAAGUGGCAAGCAUUCAGACCUGCUUCCAGGUGCCUGGGUCCCUGGCUGUGCCACUUCUUGUUGCCCCUCUGACCCUCACCCCUCUCCCAAAGUCAUAAACAGAGUUGGGGGCAGAUGGGAACGUUACCAUCAUCUCUGGGGCAAGAGUGAGUAUGCAAGUCGGUGAGAGUCCAGCCAAGUUCCCCUGGGCUUGGGAAGAAGAGCUGCCACCCUCCCCUGCUGUGCAUUCUGCUUGUCUGCUCUGGUAUCCCCAACCGUCACCAGGGGCCCCACCAGUCGGGGCUGGGCUGUCAGCAAGUGUUCAGACAGGAUAUGGUGCAAAUGGAGCUGCUCUGAGCUUACCCCUUCGCUUUAAGAGCUAGUCUCAGGUGUUUCCUGGGGAUGCCUCAAGGCUCAAAGUUCCCAGACCUUUCUAAUGCUUAAUGUCCUGUGUAAACGCAGGUACUCCAGCAAGUACUCCAGCAACGGCACAAGCCAGGAGUGAUCGCUGGACACAGGCCGUCCCAUUUCUUCCAAAGCCCUCAGUGUGCCGGGUUCCUGGUUACCAGGCCUUGUGAGUUUACCCGGCACGUAUGCAUCGUGGUGCCGGAGCAGAGCGGUGCUCCAGAACCCUGGAGGCUAGAACCUGGUUUGGCCUUCGACUCGCUCCUAGCUCGACUCGCUCCUAGCUCUGCGUCUUGGCUUCCUCAUUUGUAAACAAGGAAGGUGGGGUCCUGGUGCUAAAGGCUCUUAAGCACUGUGACGGUGGCGGUCCUCUGCCUUCAUCGGUGCUCAAUAAAUAUGUUGAACUGAA